AUGUUAUUACAAACAAUACUUAGACAAUCAAAAACGACUCAAUUGUUUUCAUUCAAACAACAAUUUAGACUUUUAACUAAAUAUUCCAAAAAUCCAAAAAUUUUUAUUCAUGAAAACCCUCCAAAACAUUUUAAUUUCUCAUUAUCAUCAAAACCAGAAGCAAUAACCAUAGGUUCAUCAACUUCAAAUGAUCCAACCCCACAAGAUUUUAAAAUAAAUGAUCAAUUCAAGCAAUUACUAGAUAAGACAUUUGAAACUAAAAUAUAUGAUGAUUUUUCAUUUAUAAUGGAAGCAGGUACAAAUGCUGAUUCAUUUAUGCCAAUUUAUGAUUUUAGAGAAAUUCCAGAAUAUUCAAGACGUCCUUAUAUUGAAGAUGUAUUUGGUUAUGUACAAGUUGAUAGUAAAGGUAAAAUUCAACCACAAAGUUGGCAAAAAAAUGAAAUGUAUCAAAUUUGUAGUGGUAAAACUGGAUUACCUCAUUUUAGUGAGUAUAUGUAUGAAACAUUACAAGAAGAAUGUGAAAAAUGA